AUGUGUUUAGAGUGUCCCAGUCGCUGUUCUCUGGGGCGGAGGAUCGUUGGGUCAUCAUCUGCCACUCUCCACCCCCAGUCAGCCGCGUUGGCUUGCCGAUCCGCCCCGGUCUUCCCCCGCCCUGCUCCCGGGCUCGCCGGCUGGUCCGGACUCGGAAACGGCCGGUUCACCGUCGACAGCGGCGGCGGGCCCGACAGCACCACCUCCUACGACCCACUCUCAGACACCAUCGGCCCAAACAGCCUGCCCACACACUUCCACCCCUACCCGCACGGCCCACCCCCCUUCGCCUCCGUGCCCUCCUCCCCCGGCCAUCGGCUCGCGAUCGACUUCCCCUUCACAUCCCUCAGCCCGGCCGCCGCCGCCUCCUCCUCCCGAACAAUCCCCUUCCCCCCAUCGAACCCCUUCCCCAUCCAUCUCCCCAACCCCCCGCCCGACCACUGGCACCCACCCGCCGACAACAGCUCCCAGCCGAUCCGCAAGCUGGCCGAGGAUGCGAUCUACGUCUCCAGCGCCCACCCGAACGACCACCGCCCGGCUGCCGACUGGGGCACCCAUCAUCCCCACUCCGACCGCUCUCUCUGGCUGCUGAGAGACCCGAGCACCACCGUCCUCGACUCCACACACGAAUACCGCCCCGCUCCCAACCUCCCCGCGCACGACCCCCUGGCCGCCCAACUCUGGCAGCUCUACGGCCCCCGGGACGAACGCCCUCCGACGAACGAUGCGCUCGAGACCCUCGUCCGGAGACUCGCCGAGCUCGGCCUGGACGUCAACGAGCUCCGGCAGCGGCUGAAUUCGCAGGAGUGGAAGGACCCCAACCUGGCUACCUACGCCCAAUCCGGGCGCCCAUCCUCAGAGCUUGGUGGGAAAAACAGCCAGAACAGCGAGCCUGCCGACCUCUCCCAAGAAGGCUCCUCCUCCGACAAGGCCUCCCGGAGCAGAAACACCCCUCAGCCCUCCGCCCGUCUCGCCAAGAUCGACGAAAACCUCGCCAAUCCCUCGCUUCGCAGCCCGCUCUUCACCAGAGAGCCCAGCCUCGAGCGCGGGCGCAAGAUCGAGGGCGGCCGCCGCGCCGCGUGCAACCUUGCCGGCCGAUGGCAGGAGGAGUGCACCUCGCUCAACCGCAGCCCUGCGGUCUCUGACAUGGACUGGAAGGCUCGCAGUCGCUCCCGCUCCCGCCCCCACGCGGACUGGCGCCAGGGCUCCCGAUCGAGGUCGCGGCUGCAGGACCUCCGGCCCGACUUCUUGGCCGCGACCCAUCUCCUUGACGCCGACUCGUCCACGUGCGGCCAACGGCUCAAGCCGGGCCCUUUCGAGCCUCCAAGCAGCCUGUUCCCCGAGUCGAGCGACCAGUCCGGCCCCAGCAGUGGGCUCGCCGCCAACGAGGCCUAUCACCACGGCCUCAUCCAGCAACUCAUCGGCUCCUAUCAAGCCCAGCAGUCGGAGGAGAACGGGCUGCAGAGUCUGGCGCAAAAGCAGGCCGACCAUCUCAGCUUCGACGCCCUCGGCCCCCUGGCCUCUUCCUCUGACAGGCCCGGCUUCCUCGUCCGCCCCCGCCCGUUCCCGCCUCUUCCUCACCCGCCCGCCGGGAACGGCGCCGACUCGUGA